GUGGGCUGCCAGGGCUCAUAGCUCAGGCCAGGUGGGGCCGAGUGACCCCUACUGCUCCCAACUCCCCCAACCUGUACCUGGAGGGGCGGAGCAUUUCUCCUUGCUUUCCACAUCCUGACCCCGCCCACCACGCACCACCGUACAUUCACCUCUCCUCUAAGAAUCGGUUAUUAAGGCUCAUUAUGUGUCUCCUAUUAAGCUAUAAUAGAAUCUAAUAGAAUCUGGGUCUAAUUAAAAAGAAAACGUAGGAAGUACGCAAGUAACAAAACAAUAGCAAACUAUUCCGGCAGGUAAUCCAUCCAACUCCGCUUCCCCUGUGGCUUGGUGGGCGGGACGAUGUGACGUCACAGUCCGCACACACCUGAGCACCCGGCCUCUGUCUCAGGCAGUCCGUGUGUGUGGGUGAAGCGAGAAAGUCACGUCCUUACGUUUCUGUGACUUUAUUUCUUCUUUUCGUCCUCUCCUCCUCCCUGUACCACACAGCGAGCACCACAACAGCACAGCACACAGCACGAUGACCAGCGUGACCAUGGAGAACAGCAACGCACUGUCCCAGAGCAUGGACUCCGUGAACACAACAGCAGCUGAAGAGGAGCAGUUCUGUCCUUUAUCCCAGGUGCGGACGCUGUUCGUCAGUGGACUCCCUAUGGAUGCUAAGCCCCGCGAGCUGUACCUUCUGUUCAGAGCCUAUGAGGGCUAUGAGGGGUCGCUACUGAAGGUGACCAGCAAGAAUGGCAAGACCGCAUCACCGGUGGGGUUCGUGACCUUCAGCACGCAGGCUGGUGCUGAGGCGGCCAAGCAGGACCUGCAGCAAGGCGUGCGGUUUGACCCGGACAUGCCGCAGACCAUCCGACUCGAGUUUGCUAAAAGUAACACCAAAGUUAGCAAGCCCAAGCAGCAGUCUCCCCCCGCGGCCGCUCCCCACCCCACUCUUGUUGCCUUCACCGGACACCUCGGUGGGAUGGUGGGUGGGAGACGUGUGGGGCGUGGUGACGAGUACCUGGGUCCACCUCCUCCUCCUCCCUUCCUCUUGGCCCAGCUGCAGCAGUGCAUCGGCCACCAGCUCAACCCUGCAUUCUUCCCUGGUGCACCCGACGUUUGGCCUCACCCCCUGGCCUACACCGCCGAGCUGCCGGGCUCAGCUGCAGCGGCGGGCCUCCAGCACCACCCAGCUCUGUUCCCAGCCCUCCACGCUCAAGUCCCACCUCCACUAGCGCUGCCUUACGCACCCAUGGUGUCUCAUGCAGCAGGGGUGGUGAUGCCUUCGCCCGCCCUCGCCUCACCUGCUGGCUCGCCCCAUUCGGCCCACCCGGCAGCCCCUCAACAUCCCGCCGCACCCCACAAUCCUCCCUGCUCUACACUUUUCAUCGCAAACCUUGGCCCAAAUGUCGCCGAGCAUGAACUCAAGGAUAUCUUCUCCAGCUGGGUGAACUGGGAGCACCCGGGAUUCGAACUACCAACCCCUGGAACAGGAGGCGAUCGCUGUAUCCACUCCACCGCCGUGCUCCUAAAGUAAAGGACACAAGACUGAAACUGAUGGAGCCACGACCUGCAGCCCACAUGGAGCGCCUGGCAUCAUAACUGUGCUAGCCUAGGAAUCUUUCCUCCUGGUUCUAUACAUCAUAUAGCCAUCAUUGCAGGGUCAAGAUGAUAAUGAAAAUUUUCAGGAGGAAAAAUUGUCUACAAGAUUGAAUUUAAACUAAAGACAUAGUUUAUCAAAGAUCAGACAAAGCAAACUGUUUCUUAAUGAUGAUUCAGUCAAGGUUAAAAUUUCUAUUACCAACUGCAAGUGUAUUUGUUAAAUAUAAAUGAAACGGAGUUUGGAAAAUUUUGAUUUCCAGUUGUGUGUGUGUAUAUAUAUAUAUAUAUAUAUAUAUA